GAGAAAAGAAAAAGUGUGUUGACGCGUAUUUGGCAGUGCCGCGCAUGAUGCUGGGCUACUCCCAAGCCCGGCUCCAGCGUAAAGCCCUAACGGGAUAACGGCACGCCUCGGCCGUAGUUUCCACCCACCGCUGCACUUAAAACUCGAAGCUACUUCCUUGCUCGGCUCCGCCCCGAGUGGGGGUGUGGAACUUUUUGAUGGUGGCUGGUCGAGAUGGCGAGUCAAGAGACGGAAGAGACGAGACAAAUCCUAAGCCGCACCGCUCUCUCCUUCCCUUCUCCCCGCGUCGUCCAUGACCUUCUCUCCGUCGGGGUAUGUCCACGCUGCAUCUUUCGAUUGUUUGGGGUUCAUGGGCAAGCUUAUUGUUGUUCAGCAAUUACAGCUUCAGUGCUGCAAUCUUUUCUUGAAGAGCAGAAGAGUUGUGAUAAUGGUACUGCAAAAAAUGGGCUUGUUUCAGAUGGACUUGUCCGAUGUUCAUAUACUUCACAAGAGUCAGAAAAUGGCCAGGCAUAUUGUUGUAUCUGUUUAGGUGUAUUACAACUCGCCUGUGAGCAAGAUCAAGAAAUGAUGACAACUAGUAAGGAUGGUUCUAUCGAUGACUUCACGGCAACUAUUGCUGAAUUAGUGAAGAGAGAAAAUCAUCACAUUGAUGGUUUUUCAAUUGAAGUCUCUAUACCACCAGUUAUAGUGGCUAAUGAACGUGCAAUCUGGAUGUACAUGAACAAGAAAUAUAAGUGUGAAGAGUGGUUCAAGGAUAAGAUUCCUUCUCAGCACAUCUCUGUGAAGGAUGCCUUGAGAUUAUCAAUAAACACAUCACUUGAAAACCACUUGGGUGUCAAAUCUGGUGUCGAUUCAUUUCGUUUUCGGUUAAAUUAUUCUCAUCUUGAUGCUUCAAGAAUGCUUCAAAGUUCUUUAGCAAAUGAUCGUACUUGCAAGAAACAAAAAACAGAUAAAAAGGACAGUGGGGAUAGUCUGGAUGACUCUCACAAAAGUAAUUUGAAAAAUUCUAAUGAACACCUUCGCAGUGAAUCAGAUGCAGUCAUUCUUAGAACUCUUGAAAGCAUGCUGGACCAUGCCUUCUGCGAACAUUUUGUAAUACCACCAGAGAAGGCCCUAAAACCGUGCCAACUGACAACUACUUGCUAUAGAAUGCCCAUAUAUAUUGGUGGUAGAUACUUGAAGUUCUCACGAAAGGUGAGCCAGUCGCGCUGGAUAAUUGAUGAUGAGAGAAUGGGUGAAGCAUCCGUCGAGGAGAUAGUUGGGAGCAAUGCUCUUCUUGUCUGUAAAGGUGACAACUACAAAUUUCAUGCUGCUGGCCGAGAAGAUAUUGAUGUGAGGAUGUUAGGAUCUGGUCGCCCUUUCCUAGUUGAAGUUUCAAAUGCACGCUACAUGCCGUCUAUGAUUGAUGUUCAACUAAUUGUGGAAAAGAUAAACAACUCAGACAAAAAAUAUGUCAGAGUGAGAAACCUUAAGGUGGUCAAUAGUCAAGCAUGGACUCUAAUGCGUGAAGGCGAGGCAGAGAAACAGAAGCAAUAUGCUGCUCUUGUAUGGAUUUCUCGUGCACUGACUGAGGAGGACUUGCAUAACAUAUCAUCUAGAAAGGACUUGGAUAUCAUACAAAGAACCCCAAUAAGGGUGCUUCACCGUCGAAGCCCAUUGGAGCGGAAGAAAAUCAUACAUUGGAUGAAGAUUGAGAGAAUUGCUGGUAGCUGCCAAUAUUUUCUAUUGCAUCUUUGUACCCAGGCUGGAACAUAUAUAAAAGAAUUUGUGCAUGGAGAUCUUGGACGCACUCAUCCUAGAUUCAAGACGUGCAACAACAAGUUCACAAAAAGCUGUAGGAUUCCACAACCAAAUACAAGGCGGCCGCAGACCAACACCGUCGGGAUAUGGAUUUUAAUGAGGGGAAUAGUGUUCUGAUCUAUUUCAGGAAGGAGCGAUUUUCAGCUGGAGGUUACAACAAGUUAAGCAGGAAGAAAUUUGAGCCAUUCAAGAUCCUCAAGAAGCUGGGGAAGAACGCCAAUCUCAUUGACUUGCCCCCAGGAUUGCCUACUCCAAUUUUCAAUGUGAGUGACUUGUUCCAAUAUCAUGGUGAGUCAUCCCUUUCUACCGACGUCGAGACCUUAUCCUUCUAUACAGCUGCAGAGAUCACAUCAGAAGGUAUAGAAGAGAUUUUGGAUGUACAUGAGACAGGGACACGCCAGGAUUCACACCGCUGGUACUUAGUAUGAUGGCGUGGACGUCCAAUUACUAAUAGCAGCUGGAUUUCUGAGAUCGAGCUACAUCGACUUCGGGAGGACCUAUUUCACAGCUAUAUGGAGGCUCUCUCGACGGGGUCAAGAAUUCUUCCAUCCGAGGAGAACUGAUGCAGUGCAUUGAGUCACUACUUUUAUUUUAUUUUAUUUUGAGUGUGUUCUAUCCUAGUUUAAUUUAUUGAGAUCGGAUGGCUAGGUUAUCCUAAAUCAAAUCAAACCUAUAACCAUAUCCCAACAAACCAAUUCAAAUACAUCUUUAUUCUAUAACCACUCAAAAUAAAUCUACAACUAUAUCUCAACAAACCAAUUUAAAUAUAUCCUUAUCCUAUAACCACUCAAAACAAACCUACAACCAUAUCUCAAACCAAUUUAAAUAUAUCCUUUUCCUACAACCACUCAAAAUAAACCAACAACCAUAUCAAACCUAGUGGCAUCAUGUAUAAAUAUGACAUGGGAAGAAGAAAAAAAAGGGAGAAAAUUUUUUUGGAAGGUUUAACCUAUGGUUUUAUCUUGAAUCCCUCCUUUUGGGAUCGUCGUCGCCUCUUCCUCGCGGACAGAUCCAUCUUCGGCUUCUUUCCUCCUUUGACUCUGGCUCCCUCUUCCCCAUCUUGAAGCCUAUCAUCACGGUGCUGCUCUCCUUUGGUGGUUGUGGAUACUCCGCAUCCUGUGAACAGGUUGAGACUUGAACCUCUUCAACAUAUUCCCGCACCCAAGGUAACAGAUCCACCCAUAACCUUACCUCAUGCUGCCACUCAUCCGAUCAUUAAAAUCUA